ACGGAGGCACGCCGGGCCCGGAGGGAGGCGUCUCGGGCCCCGAGCUUUGGGCUGGGCCUCGUGGCCGGCCCGGCUCCGACUCGCCCCGCGUCCCGGGGUGGCGGGCGUGGGGGGCCAGGGGGCUAGCGACGGUGUGGACAGGAAAAGACGAACUGAAGCCGGACCCCAAGGGGCACGGGCCGAGCGGCUGGUGCGGUCAUGGCGGACUACUGGAAGUCACAACCGAAGAAAUUCUGUGAUUACUGCAAGUGCUGGAUAGCGGACAAUAGGCCUAGUGUUGAAUUUCAUGAAAGAGGAAAGAAUCAUAAGGAAAAUGUGGCAAAGAGGAUCAGUGAGAUUAAACAGAAAAGCUUGGAUAAGGCAAAGGAAGAAGAAAAAGCAUCAAAGGAGUUUGCUGCAAUGGAGGCGGCUGCCCUGAAAGCAUACCAAGAAGAUUUGAAAAGGCUUGGCUUAAAGUCAGAUAUUUUGGAGGAAAGCGUAUCACCAGUAAGCAGCACUGCCCCACCUCCUCCUUCACCAAGUCAGCCAAAAGAAAAAAAGAAAAAGAAAAAAGACUCUUCAAAGGACCGAUGGAUAGAAGGCUUAACUUCUGAGGGUUACCAUUACUAUUAUGAUCUAACUACAGGAGCAACUCAGUGGGAGAAACCUGAAGAAUUUCAAGGAAGCCUAAAAAAGACAGCGUUGAAGACUGUUUGGGUUGAAGGAGUAAGUGAAGAUGGGUAUACCUAUUAUUAUAAUGCAGAAACAGGAGAAUCCAGAUGGGAAAAACCUGAUGAUUUUAUUCCACUAUCUGGCGGUUCACCUUCUAGUAAGGUCAACAAAAAGGCACAUGGCAGCCUAGAAGAUUCCAAAUCAUCAGAUUCACAUAGUGAUUCUGAUGGGGAAAAGGAAGCAGAGAAAGGAGAGGUCUCAACAGAAACACAAAAGCAGAAAAUAAAGUUUACGAUAAAAAAGAAAAGUAGUAAUGAUAAAGGAAAUGAAUCAGGAACACUAAAAGGUAGAAAAAGCCAGGAACAGAAUUCAUCCGUUUCUAAAGAAGAAAAGCCCAAAGUUCGUAAAAAGACAACUCCUACUCCAUAUGGACAAUGGCAAGAAAUUAAACAAGAAGCUGAGUCUCAAGAAGAGGUAGAUUUGGAACUUCCAAGCACUGAAAAUGAGUAUGUGUCAUCUUCAGAAAUAGAUACUGAUGGGGAACCCAAAGUGGUAUUUAAAGAAAAAACAGUCACCUCCCUUGGAGCCAUAGCAGAUGGAGUAGCCCCUGUCUUCAAGAAGAGAAGACUUGAAAAUGGGAAAUCUAGAAACUUAAGGCAACGAGGUGAUGAUCAAUAGUUGUGCAAGGACCUUUUGUAUGAUUUUGAACAGAAUGGAAACUAUACAUCUUAAAACCCCUGUGUUUGUUUCUGAAUACUUCUGUGCUUAAAAUUUUAGAUUUAUUCUAAAUGUAUUUUCUGUAAACUUAAAAUAAAUCUUUUUCAUGUGAAACUUAUUUUUCUUCCUAAAAUGGAAGGUCUGCCACCUGGCAUUGUAAUAUGAUAUAUUAUGUUCAAUGACUAAAAAUUGCUAAUUAUGUCUGAAAAAUAUGAUACUAUAUCUUUAAAAGUGGAAAAGCAAGGUUUUUAUUCUUAUUUGUAUGAGCAUACUUAUGUAGCACUGAAACUGAAUUAUUUCUGCCUAUUGAUAACUAAUGUUAUCUAAGAAAGAAGAAUCAGAGCACACGUGGGAAUAUUCCCACACAGUGUUUAUUAAUUUCUGAGGAUCUUAUUGGGAAUUUGAUAGAAUGUGGGCAUGUUGGUUUAUCUUACUCUGAUGAAAAGUUCAAGGACCAUGAACCAAAGGUAUUUCAAAGACAGUAGUAGGACCUAAUACAGAGGUGGGACCAAAGGUGGAAAUAGGUGUUUUUCUAGUUUAAGUUAAAGCUUAACAGUCCUCUUUCCCUCUUAGUUAUGUGCCCCAUAGCAUUAUAUGUACUAUGAAGAUUAUUUUUUUGGGGGGUAAGAUACUUUUUAAAGAGUUUAUUAAAAUAUAUACCAAUAGACGUAAACCAAAUUCAUAUUGGUUCUGUUAAGUGUUCCCUUAGACAAAUUGGAAUUUUCCUGUUUUCUGGUUAAAUUUCUGAAGUGGUGGAAUUUCCUUAUGUAAUAAUCUAUUUUGAGUUAGGUACCUUCCUUUAUUACUCCAAAUCCAUUAAAUUAUAUUUUUUAUAAAUUGUACAGUAUUCAACAUUUGGUAGUAGAUAUUUAUCUUUUUAAGGUUGCUAGUAUACUUGUAAGAAAAAGUUAGCUUAUUAAAAACUAUGUACAAAUGAAUUAAAUAUUGAGGUUAUUUUUUUUUCUUCUGACAUAAAUCAGAGACAACUUUUCAUUGGUGACAUAGUGUUUAGCAAUUCACCGUAAUGUUUUUUCAGUUUAUUUGACUAAUCCACUUGUCAUCUAUUAACCUGUGCAUUUCUACUCUCAGUUUAUAAGCUAACAAUAUGCUCCUGUUUUACCCACAUCUGGCUCCAGCAAAUAGGCAACUGAAGACAUUUUUAAAACUAUAACUCAUUAUAUAAAGUAUCUUACGUUUAAAUUGUCUCCCUUUCCUUUAAAAUAAUAGGUACUCUGAAAAGUUUGAACAUAGAUCUCUUUAAUAAUCUAAAACUAAUCUCUUUCUUUAUUCAUUUUGAGGAUGCACCUGGCAGUACUGGGGGAUCCAUUUGCGUGCCAGGGAUUGAACUCAUUUGGGAAGUGCACUUGGCAAGUGGCACUAUAUUAUUUCUGGCUCUCUUUCUGUUUUUUUUAAUUGAGGUAACAAUUGAUUUUUGUCAAUGGCAUUCAACCUCUCUAUACCUGUAGACCAGUGGUUGAAAAUGCAUGUGUGCAACACCCCCCCCCCCCCCAGAAACACAGGGGACCUGAGAGUUGGUAUUAGGGGUGUUGUUUUAGUGUUUUUUUUGAAUUUUAAUUCUUCCCAAAUUCUUGUGGGGUUUGUCGUUAUUGUUGUUAAGGCAACUAAUAACUAAUAGCUAGUUGCUCAGUGCUCAGAGGACACUCCCAGUGAUACUAUAUGCUCAGGACCAGCCUGUUGCUGGGAGCAAAUCCCAUGCAUCAUCUACAGCCCUUUAAGCCAUCUCUGACACCCUGGCCACAAAACAUACACUUUAAGUUGUCACACACUCCUGUACCACCAAAGAGGCAAAAUCCCUCCUCCACCCUCUUGACUCCCCACACUACCCUCUCUGUCCCCCGUGGACCCCCUGACACCCUUAAUUUUUCAGUCUAAACAUAACUUGACUAUAGAUUUGUCUCUUUGCUUUCUUUACACCUCAUAAAUGAGUGAAAUCAUCUUAUAAUUUGUCUCUUUCCAGCUUGCCAACUGACUUCACUUAGCUCCAUAUUGUCCUGCGAGAAUUGGCAAGAUUUCAUCUUUGUACUGAGAUGGUCUGCCAGAGUUGAGAUAUUUAUAUGAUUUAGGGGAAUCAUUGCAGCACACCACACCUAUUGCCAAAGUGCACAGGGCCCUCUCAGCCCACUCUCCCCAGUGUUAAUGAUCUCAUUUUGGUGGUUAUAGUCUAUAAAGAUUUGUUUUCAUUGGACACUAUUGCUUGGAAUUAUUUUUUUUAUGUACAACACGAGUAAAAUCAUACAGUAUUUGUCUUUCUCCUGACUUCCUUCACUCAGAAUGACCCUCCAGUCCUAUACAUAUUGUGGCAAGGUGCCAUCUUUUCCUGUAGCUGAAUAGUAGUAGUUCAUUGUGUGUAUGUAUAUGUGUGUGUGUGUGUGUGUGUGUGCAUGUACACAAUUUCUUUACUCAUUUUUUUUUUUUUUUUGGGUCACACCCGGCGAUGCACAGGGGUUACUCCUGGCUCUGCACUCAGGAAUUACCCCUGGCCGUGCUCAGGGGACCAUAUGGGAUGCUGGGAUUUGAACCCGGGUCGGCCGCGUGCAAGGCAAACGCCCUACCCGCUGUGCUAUCUCUCCAGCCCCUUUACUCAUCUUUUAUUGGGCACUUGUGUUUUUUUUCUUUCCCUUCAGUAUCGUGACUAUUGAGUAUAAUGAAUAAAGGUCUUCAUAUAUCUUUUUAGAUAUAUGAAGUGUUUUCAUAUUCUUCAGAAAGAUACCUAGGGAUGGAAGUGCAUGCAACUCUCCAGGUUUAACAUGCAGUGGGACUGUCAGUUACAUUUCUAUCAACACUGUAUGGAGGUUCCUUUUUCUCUUCACUCUUGUGAGUGCUUAUUUCUGGGGUACUUGUGCCACUUUCACAAGUUUGAUGUUAUUUUAAAUGGCAUUUCCCUCAUAACAAAUGGUAAGCAGUUUUUCAGAUGCCUUUUGGGCCAUCUGUGUUUUACUUUAGGUUGAGUGUAUCUUCAGCUCUUUCCCUAUUUUUUUCUUUUGGUGGUUGAUGUGUUUUGCAAAAUAUCUAUAUAUUUGUUACCAGUCUUUGUUGGAAGUAAAGAGGUAAAUAUUUUCUCCUAUCCUGUAGGAGAUUAGCCUUUUAGUUUCAGGGUUUUUGUAUUGAGUUUCUUAUUGUUCAGAAACUUCAAAUUGAUAAUCAUUUGUUUAUUUUUGCUUUUGUUUUCCUUGAUGUUCCAAUGGAAUCCCUGAAGACAUCCCUGAAGCCAGUAUUCUGAAGCAU